GCUGAAGUUUAGUCAAGGAAGAGAUUCUCGUCCCAAAAAAAAAAGGCUGACACGCUUCGGUGAGGCAGUGUUGCUUCCACCCGGAAAGAAAGAAAGAAAGAAAGAAAGAAGGUGGCUACCGAAAGCAAUCAACAGCGGCCGUCCACCACCUCGACCAUCCGUCCGGUUUAUGACUCCGGGCGAUCAAUCAGCCGCCGGUUAACCUUCGGGCGGGGGGCGAAAAAGGCGUCGUUGCAAUUUACGACCAUCGACUCCUGAUUGGUGACAACAUGGCAGAGUGCGACGUUAGCAUCGACCAAGACAAACUACCUGGAGUCAAAGACGUGUGCAGAGACUUUGCUGUCCUGGAAGACCACUCCCUUGCCUACAACCUCCAGGAGCAAGAAAUUGAGAGCCACUUGGCGUCCAACGUCCACAAGAGCCGUCUGGUGCAGCAGGACCUGAAGGUGGCCAAGAAGCUGCAGGAGGAGGAGGAUGAGAUCACCAAGGUCGUGAUCAAGAAGCAGCAUGUUGACAUCGAGCGCCAAGAUAAUGAGGUCGCCCUUGAGAUUCAGGACCAACUGGUCCGACAGGCCGAGCAGCAACGACGCCAGCAGGAAGAGAAAGAUGCGAAUAUCGCUCGGGAGCUACACGAGAAAGAGAUGAAAGAGGAAAGGCGACGGAAGAAACAACUGGAAGAAGAGUACUAUGAGGAUCCAGGAGCUGCAAGACAGCUUCUUGACUUGGACAACCCUGUGCACCACACCUCUAGUUCCUCAAAUGCUGUGGUGAGCUCCCCAGUUGAUCACUCGCCAGAUUAUAAUUCCAUCGAGCCAAAAAGGAGCAGGCACCCGAAACAUGACCCAGCAGCGCCACACAGCCCCAAGUACUCUGAACCCCCCCUGGUGGCAGGAGGAGGGCAGCGCAGGCAUGCCGAUCCAUACCCAGUUCACCAGCUGUCCCCAAAAAUUAGGCCUGGGGACAGGUACCCGGACUAUGAACCAGCUGAGUCCAGCAGAGCACAGGACUCGGAAAGAGCGGUGAGACGGAAAGACAGGCCGGCCCGAUCUCCGCAUGGUCCCGUGGAGAGAGACGAAGGCUGGCAGAGGGACAAGAGACACAACCGAGACUGGGCCAGAGAACCAGAGCAUUACGUGAGAAGGGAGAAGGACUUGAGAAUGGCGAGAGCAGGGAAAGACAGAGAUGGAGGCCAGAGAGACUAUAGCGAGGACGGGCACAGACACAAAGGACAUCGAGGCAGGGAAAGGCCUCUUGACCAUGAACUUUUGGAACCCAGGCGGGGCCGGGGGUCCCGGGAGGAGGAAGAGGAUGAGGCGAGGAGGGCCAGGGCUCGCCAGAGGGUUCUCUCUGACGAGGUGUUUGACGAGCACAGGAACAUGGACAGCAGGGAGCUGCCACAAGGAGACGCCUCCAGCCGAGAGACAGGUCGCAUUGUGCUGAAAGGGAGUGGAGCGGUCGUAGGAGAAGAGUAUGGACUCAAUAAGGCCACGGAGGGCCUGGUCAAGCUGGAUCUUCAGGAGCAGGAGCUGAAAGACAUGGAGGUGGCCAGACAACUGCAGGAGGAGGAAGUUAAGGCUAGCAAGAGCCAUGUGCGUGCAGCCCAAGUUGCACAAGAUGAGGAGAUUGCCAGACUGCUGAUGGAACAAGAGAAGAAGGAGUACAGGAAACACAGAGAACGGGGCAAAGAGCGUGAGAGGGAGCGGGAGGACAAGGACAGGGAGAGGGAGAGGGAGCGCUUGGCCAUGGAGAAGAUGGCAAUGGAAAGGAGGCGCCCAGAGGGAGACCACAGGCUAAAUCCAGAGGACGUUGUCCGACCUCGAACCCGAGACGACCAUGACCACCAGAGGCACAAGAACCACCACAAGCCUUCCAGGCAUCCCCAGCCCCAAUCCCACGAGUACGUGAAUAUAAACCCUGAUUACGGCUACCCUGACCACGCCGCUCCUCAACGGGCGCACGCCAGGCCGGAGGCCGCACACAAAGGUGCCUAUUACAAGCGGUGACUCAGGCUCCAGACGGCAUCUUAUUUAUCCUCUUGUCUUCAACCAUUCACUCUGUUGACCUUUGGGACAAUCUUAAUGAGCUGGUAAUGGAUUUUUAGUUGAAUUAUGAUUAUUAUUUCUGUCCCAUGCCGAGCAAACAAGGAGAUUCUGAGCGUGCUGGAACCGCACUCAUCUUUUUGUCUUUUUUUUUUUUUUUUAAAUAUAUAUACAGCUGAUCCCUGCUAUCAUGGUCCAUUAUUUGAGGUUUGUCACCAUUCACAGAGCUUAGCCUUUAGCCAAUGUACGCACCCAUAAAAAGCUCUGAUAAUGCCUAUUUUCUUAUGUCUAGGGAAUUUAAUACGACCAAAUUCCUGCCAGUACUACCGAGUAACGAUUCACGUAAAAUAAAACGGUGCCAUAUUUCCAUACUUUUAUCGCACUUGCAGUUGAAGACUGAACACGGGCUCACGUAAACAAUCCGUCCAGCAGCACUCAGGGCGGACUCAAACUCCCUCCAAGUCAUUUUGACAUUUUCAACACCAGCAAAGCAAGUGUGCCUGGUAGAAAACACUCCAAUGCAAAGUUAGGCUCCACCCCUCCAAAAUGCGCUAGCUCGCUGCAAAGUUACAUUGGAUUUGCCAUAGACGGGCUACUAUUAGCAUUAACGAUUUUCCAUGGCGAUUUCAACACCUCCAAAUUUAGUAAUGAAGUCUACAACUAAGAUGACGCAGCUGGUGUGUAAUAAUCACGAUACUAACAGUAUAAACACUUUGUAGGGCGCAGCAUAAUACAGUCAGCUUCCUAGUUAGACAACAUAUCAUAGAUAGCCUUUACAAUACUCUUGUCUUGGAAGUGCAACUGCAUUGCAAAUAAGUUUCAAAAGUAAUACAUGUUAUGUUACAUUCAAAAAUAAAUGUAUUACCAAAUAAUUAACAUUUAUUAACACACACAAAAGUACCGAAAAUUGGUACCGUUGAGUACCGGUAUCGAUUCCUAGGUACAAUAUUAGUUCAAAUGGGAACGGUACCAUCCCUAUGCCUGUCACACAUAAAGAAACAAGUACAGUAAUCAUCUAUGACUAUUAAUUGGUUCCGGCCCUGGCCGUGUUGAAUACAUUUCCGCAAAGUAAGAAAUAUUAAUUGUAUAUCAGAUAUUUUCAUAGCUGCUGCAUAAAAAAACAUAAUUUUUGUCACCAUUAUGAGACAGGAAGUAACACUCUAGUCAUCACUGCUGCAUGAAAAUCAUAAUUUUUUUCACCAUUAUGAGAAUCCUCUCAACAGGAAGUAACACUCUAGUCGUCACCCUCCUGUAAUACCAGAUAGAAAGGCUGCCUGAAGCUGAGCCAAUCAGUGGCCACGAUACUGAACAGCGCGCUCUGACUGCUUUGUUGACAUCUGCCAUAUUGAUAUUUUUACUUUAUUUAGCCUUUUUAUGCUUUAAAAGUAUUUAAUUCAGGUCAAAAACACUUGAAAUAUGCUGAAAUAUUGUAAAAAUAUCUUCCUGCCUGGGAAAUAUUGAGCGAUUUGAGAGACAGCGCCCUCUGCUGUUUUCAUAGCUGCAACACGUUCCCCCCCUGCAGAUAGCGCCAUCGAACCCUUUUUUUUAUUGAAAGUUGGCAUGAAAGAAACAAGUUAUUUCGCAAUUUGCAGCAGAGAUGGUGCAAAUAAAGCUGGACCAGGCGGGGAUCUCCCGUAUAUAUAAGCCUCGUUUCACAUCCCACAAUUCCAAAUGUGCCAAUCCCAAGGGCUCCAGGCCUUUUUGCCACCUUUUUUUUUUUUUUUUUGUGGUGGUAGGACGUGCCAGCUCAGUCCUACGCGGUGGCCUCAGUACCUUGUCGUCCUCGUGCAAAGACUUUUUUCUUUCCCGCUCGCCCUCCAACUGAAAGUGGCCGACGACGGACGUGCAUGCGAAGCCAUCCAUCCUAAAGCGCGUAAAACAAGGUGCCAACUCGUACGGCUCUCGAUAACAUGAACUGUAAUACCCUUCAUCGCAUGCACUAUUGUGAGGUUUUUUUCUUUUUUUUUAAAGUAUGUUCAUUUUUUUUAUCCUUUCCGACCAAAUGAUCAAAAAAAAAAGGAAAAAACAUCUCAUAUUUAUGUCUGUUAAAAAGUGAACUUUUUUUUAUUUUUUUUUAUUUAAAUGUAAUAUUUUUGUUGUCAGCCGGGAACAAAAAGGCUUCCACUGGAAGUGACGUAAAGGGACUUGUUUGACUGUUUUUUCCUGCUCCGUCGUCGUGUUCUGUUCAUAUUGAAUCAGGCCAGCGUGAAAUAAAAUCCUUCAGUUGCUUUUCAGGUGAACUCUAUGGACUCUAGCUAGUUCCGUGGCGCUGUCUUAUCUGUCCCCAUGUGCCAUACGUCUGGUUUCUCCAAGCGCUUGUAUGUGAUGGUAGGUGUUGCAACUCUCGUUUGGUUGGGGCGCCACCUUGUGUUCACUGUGACACACAAGAGGAUUGGAAAUAAUGUGUGAACUGCUCAUUUUUCUUUUCAAACAGCAAUCAACACAUGCUGGAGGGAAAAGAGCAUUCUUACCUGCAAGAAAGCCAUUGCUUUUACUUACUGCACCUCAAAUUGGAAUAAAGUGUGUCAGCAUUCA